ACACUUAUAAAAAAAGUAAAACAAUCCAGAGAAAAAUUGAAAAGAGACCCGACCCGUCUUGAACCAUAAGACCCAAUUGCAAUUCAUCGCUUCACCUUUUAUGAUUUUCUUCUCCAAGUUGCAAGCAACGUUGAAGAAACAGGGUUGUAUUUUGUCUCUGAAACCAAUCAAAUCCGAAGAGAUUACAAAAAAUGGCGUUGAAGUUUUUGAACAAGAAAGGAUGGCACACGGGAAGUCUCAGGAACAUAGAAAACGUUUGGAAAGCAGAGCAGAAGCAUAACGCUGAGGAGAAGAAACUCGAUGAACUUCGUAAGCAGAUUCAAGAGGAACGUGAACGUAGCGAGUUUCGUCAGCUUCAGGAAAAAGCUGGUCUCGUCCCUCACCAGGAGAGGUUGGAGUUUUUGUAUGAUUCGGGAUUGUCCGUUGGUAAGACUUCUGAAGGUUUCAAAGCCCUUGAAACUGUACCCAAAUCCGAUGCAACAGAUGCACCUUCUUCUUCUUCUGCUUCUAAGCAGGAUGCAGGUGUUCCUGGAGCUUUAUUUGAGGACAAGCCUCAGUCUGCUAAUGAUGCUUGGAGAAAGCUCCAUUCUGAUCCCUUGCUGAUGAUUCGCCAGCGCGAACAGGAAGCACUUGCAAAGAUUAAAAACAACCCUGUCAAGAUGGCCAUGAUUAGAAAAUCAGUUGAAGGAAAGGAAGACAAGAAGAAAGACCGCAGUAAGAAAGAAAAAAAGAAGCAUCGAUCCAAAUCAAAGCAUAAAACACAGUCUGAUUCAGAAGAUGACAUAGCUGAAAGGAGAAAAAGAAGGGCCAGUGAUGAAGACUUUGAAAAGAAACGUCACAAGGCUCAAUCAGAUUCAGAGAAUGAAUCAAGUGAAGGAGAAAGGAGGAGAAGGAGGGUUCACUAUGAAGACAAAAAAUACAAAGAAAGAUCACCUAGUCACCACAGGAGUCAAAGCGAAGUCAAAGACUAUAAAGAUGCUGAUAACAGAAGGAAGAAUCAUUAUGAAGACAGAAAAUACAGAGAAGGAUCACCCAGUCACCACCGGAGUCAAAGAAAAGUCAAUGACUAUAAAGAAGAUGCUGAUGACAGAAGGAAGAAUCACUAUGAAGACAGGAAAUACAGAGAAAGAUCACCCAGUCACCACCAGAGUCAAAGCAAAGUCAAAGACUAUAAAGAAGACGCUGAUGACAGAAACGAUAACAGAAACGAUAACAUGUCAAAGUCAGGAAGAUAUGCUCCAGAAGGUCAGUCCGAUUUUGAUGUUUCUAAAAGGGGGAAUGGGAGCUUUCGAGAACCAAGCUCUACUAGAUCUUCUGCUACUUCGCUUGAGCGACAGUCACGCUAUAAGCGGAGAAAUGUGGCUCCUAAGCUUUCAGAAGAAGAGAGGGCUGCUAAACUUAGGCAGAUGGAACUUGCUGCUGAGUUGCAUGAAGGGGAGAGAUGGAAACGGAUAAAGAAGGCUGAGGAGACUGAUGCAAAGGAAGCAAUCCAGAACACUAGUUCUGUUGGAAAGAAUUUCUUGGAUAAUGCUCAAAAAAGUAUAUAUGGUGCUGCAGAAGGGGGGAGCUCAUCAAUAGCUGAGAGUGUUCGACGGCGGACACAUUAUUCCCAAGGGAAAUCUGGAGGUGAAGGCAAUGCAUUUAGGCGGUAAAUGUUUUGCUGUGUUUUAUCACUUGAUUUUAGUUAUCCCAACUGUCCCCAGAGCUCUCUGAAACACGUUUUGUCGUCCUUGUCGUUGUAUCAACAUUUGAUUCAUUCUAUGUAUCAAAUAAGGGAAUGGAUCCUCUGAAUUUAUAAACAUGAUGAUGCUAAAGGUGUAGUAGCAAUGAGAUUAUUUUAAUAUAGUUUAGCCUUCAUGAUUAAAAAUUUCCAACAUUCCUUGUGAUUUUGAAGUAUUCAAGUUUGAUCUGACAUUACUGUUUUGAUGUACUCCCUAUCUGUCAUACUGUAUAUUUCUGUUUGGGUAAUGUAUGUAUGAUGUGUUUAUUAUAACGGGAUUCUGUAGUGGCUACUAAUCUUAAAUUUCUUUUUCUUUA